UUUUCUCCACUCCAUCAACUGUUUCAACAGCGAAGAGCAAGGAGGCAAGCUGCCCGCCAAUUGCCCACCAUGCCGCCACGUCCACGACUCCAACUCUCGGCUCUGUCAUCGCCAUCAUCGUAUCUCUUUUCAGCAGUUAAACCAUCGCCGUUCGCCUGCCUCCAGACCCGAUCCUAUGCCGCCCUGCAGAAGAAGCCCGCCGGCACCAAAAAGUCGAAAGCAACCCGCACGACCUUCAAGCCCAGCGACAUCUCAUCCCUUGAGCAGUUCUCGCUCGUCGAUGCCAUGAGAUACAUUCGCGCGUUUGAAGUGGGCCGGAACCCCGCCGCUACCAAGUACGAACUUCAUGUCAAGCUGCGCACGGCAAAGAGCGGCCCCACCAUCAAGAGUCGGAUUCGUCUGCCGAAGCCUGUCAAAACGGAUAUGCGGAUCUGUGUUAUUGCGACGGGAAGGCAAGCGGAGGCGGCAAAGGCGGCAGGCGCAGUACUUGUGGGGACGGACGAGGUGUUUGAGAAGAUCCAAAAGGGCGAGAUCGAUUUCGACCGUGUCAUCUGUCACGAUGACUGCUUUGCGGCGCUGACCAAGGCAAGGCUCGGUCGUAUUCUCGGUCCCAAAGGAAUGAUGCCCUCACAGAAGACUGGAACCGUGGUCCCUAACGUCGCUUCGGCUAUGAGGGAGCUCACAGGGAAGUCGGAUUACCGUGAGCGCAUGGGUGUCAUCAGGAUGGCGGUCGGACAGCUUGCGUUUACGGAGGCGGAGCUGCAUAAGAACAUCAGGGCGUUCAUCGAGCAGUUGAAGAAGGAGUUUGGUGCCAUUAGCUUUCGCGCGGACAAGAGCAUAAACGAGGUCGUACUCAGCUCAUCCAAUUCGGCCGGGUUCAGUCUGAGCGGAGAGUUCAAGAACGUGGUCAUCAAAGCCGUGCCCCCGCCGGUGGCGGCUGGGAUGGAAGUCUUGACGGAAGCGGUGCCGACGCCGAUGCCGGCACAACUGGCGGCAUAGGGUCUGGGAGGAUUGUGAAAUAGAGCAGCAAAUGUACAGUAUCUAUAAGCAUCUUGACCGAGAGUGAACAGUUCACGUGCCACUCGCUCUCACGGGGAUGUAUACAUGAUCAUCGAACAUCUCGGCGAAAAGAAGUACAUUCGUUACUAGGGGAAGGAGGUGGCACAGGCUGGAUAGUG